AUGGCGUCUCCAGUGAUGAAGUCGGCAACAAACUGGGCCGACGAAUCGGCCGACCUUUCUCCAGAUUGGUCUCCUGCGGCUGCUCCCGAAAUCCCUGGUGAUGAGCAUUUCUCGCUGGAGGGUUCGGCAGAUGCUCAUCAAGACGGCGUUUCUGAGGAGCAUAUUCCUACUGGUAUGGGGACACCGCAGACCUUCUCUGUUUACGUUGGUGGAUUGCCCUAUAGUGCCUCGGAGGACGAGCUCGGGUUCUUCUUCCUAGACAGGAACAUCACUCCUGUUGGUGUCCGCAUCAUCAUGGACAGAGAGACGAAAAAAUCGAAGGGCUUUGGUUAUCUCGAUUUCGCGACAGUGGAGGACUAUGAGGCGGCUCUCGGGAUGAAUGGUUCGAAUUUUGGUGGCCGCACUAUCAAGGUUUCUGCUGAGGAGCACCGCAGAGAGCCGCGCAGACGUUCUCGUGAGCCGCGUGGCCCUCGUCGUGAUGACCGUGAGCUCCGUAGAGGUGGUCGAGAUAGCUAUCGGGAAACCCACAACCGUGAGAGUUUCGAGCGCCCUUCUGCUGCUGAGGAGGCUGAGCAUCACGAAAGGAAGAAACUGCAGUUGUUGCCCAGGAGCAAGCCCAUUGAGGAAAUCCGCGAGGACGCUGCUGGCCGUCAGCGAACGAGUAUUUUCGGUGAUGCCAAGCCUAGGGACGAGGCUGAGUGCGACGACUAUGAUGUAUAUCAGCGUCGGAGAGCCGAACGCGAGAAGCGACUGGGCAUCAAGACUAGUACGACCGAUGAGGAGGAUCGUAAGCAUCGGAGUGGGGCGAGCACGAGGGCAACUCCAUCGGAAGCCUCUUCUACGUCACCUCAUAGAGGCGGCAAGGGCACUAAGGGGGGCAAGGGCAGCCGUUAUGCAUUGGGCGAGACCAAGUCUAGCAAUUGGCGAGGAAAGGGCAAGGAUGUUGGUCCAGCGAAGAAGGGCCCGGAGGUUGCUGCUCCCCGGGAAGCUGUAGUUCGCACUGUUGAUACUGGCCCGAAAAAAGUGAAGGGUGCUCUUGCCAAUGCAUUUGCUGGCUUGAGCGACUCUGAGUCCGAGUCGGAAUCUGAGUAG